AUGGAAAGGGAAAGUGUGAACAAAAUUAAAACAAAAACAGAAAAAUUCCCAACGAGAAGUCGCGACACCAGCUUUAAAAAGAAAUGGCCCACAUCCGAGAGGCAACAGAAAACACACCACCAGUCCACGUGCAGGAAUUGUGGAGAGAAUUUCACUCAUAAACAGAAACCUUGCCCUGCCAAAGGCAAGAAAUGUAACUCGUGUCACAAACUAAACCAUUUUGCAAAGGUAUGUCGCAGUCGUCAAAACAAGCAUUCACAUGCAGAAAGCCGUGUGUAUGAAGUCCAGGAACAUGAAAAGUAUGCAGAGCAACUCAACAAAAACACUGACAGCUCCGAUGGAGAGUACACAUACAGCAUACAGGAACAAGUCAGAUCAGUGGGGAAAACUCCAAUGACAUCACGCAUGGUAAAUCAGAAAAACUGCAGACUGAUGAUCGACACAGGUGCCAGAGUAAACAUAUUGGAUGAGAAGACUCACAUAUAUUUAGGAAGCCCAAAGUUGAAGAAAGACAAAAUAAAACUGCUGCCAUACGGUGGAGGAAAUCAACUUGAAGUUCUUGGAAAUUGUGAGCUGGAGGUGGAAACAAAAAACAAGUAUGGAAUAUUCCGGUUCCAUGUUGUCAAAGGAAGUCAUGGCGCUUUGCUAGGAUACACGACAGCAUAUCAACUAGAACUAGUCCAUGUUGUUAGUCACAUCACACAGCCGAAAUUAGAGGCAAAAUAUCCAGAAGUAUUCAAGGAUAAAAUAGGAAAGUACACUGGAAAACCAGUCAAACUUCACAUUGACCUGGACGUAAAGCCUGUCGCUCAAAGAAACAGGAGGACCCCUUUUCACCUAAGACCCAAAGUAGAGAAGGAAAUUCAGACAUUACUUGAUCAAGAUAUCAUAGAGAAAGUUGGAAACACUCCUACGCCCUGGGUUUCCCCAAUAGUGACACCACCCAAGAAAAACCCAAAUGAAAUCCGACUCUGUAUCGAUAUGCGACUGUUCCGAUACAAGAGACUAAAUUUUGGAAUCUCGUCAGCCUCAGAGAUCUUUCAAGAGACAAUAAGAUGCAUCAUACAAAAUGUCAAAAAUGCGAAGAACAUAUCCGAUGAUAUCAUAGUGUACGGGAAAACCCAACAACAACACGACAGCGCACUUGAAGCAACUCUACAGGCAUUGCAGAAAAGUGGACUAACCGUAAACAGAGGCAAAUGUGAGCUCAACAAAGACAAGCUAACAUUCUUUGGCGUUGUAUUUUCCAAAGAUGGAAUCUCACCAGAUCCAAGAAAGGUUCAAGCCGUAAAGGAUACAGCACCUCCGGCAAACGUAGCAGAACUACGCAGCUUCUUGGGAAUGACAAACUACUCGUCUCGUUUCAUUCCACACUAUGCUUCCAUCACAGAACCGCUCCGUAAUCUUACUCGUCAAUCAACAGACUGGAAAUGGGACUGCAAACAGCAAAGUGCUUUCGACAAAUUAAAGGAGGAACUGUCGAGCGAAACCAUAAUGACUUAUUUUGACCCGACAAGUGAAGUCAAAAUACUAGUUGAUGCCAGCCCUAUUGGACUAGGAGCGAUCAUGUCCCAGAAACAGAAAUCCAUUGCUUAUGCAAGUCGAGCAUUAACCGAUACGGAAUCGAGAUACAGCCAGACCGAGCGUGAGGCAUUGGCAAUAGUAUGGGCUUGUGAACACUUUGACAUAUACAUCCGUGGCGCCAACAAUGUAAACAUAAUCACAGACCAUAAACCACUCGAAAAGAUAUGGCAGAAACCAAAUCUACCACUGAGAAUAGAAAGAUGGAGUCUACGCGUCUCCAACCAUACAAACUUACUAUAA